UUCGGCACCAUAAAAGUGUGAAAUUUCCCAAACGACCUACCACCACUUCUUUCUACUACCCAAAAUGGAUGCCAUCCCAGAAGUUCCCUUGAGCUCUGGCGGCCGGAGACUUCCCAUCUUGGGGAUGGGCACGGCGUCUGACCCACCGGUGGAGUCAGAAAUUACGAAACAGGCCGUUAUCCGGGCGAUUGAGGUCGGUUACAGACAUUUUGACACAGCUGCUCUGUAUUUCACAGAAGAGCCUCUUGGUGAAGCCAUAGCUGAAGCACUUGAACUCGGAUUGAUUAAGUCCAGGGAAGAGCUUUUCAUCACCUCUAAACUAUGGUGUAGUGAUGCUCAUCCCAAGCUUGUUCUCCCUGCUCUUCACAAGACUCUCAGAAAUCUGAAGAUGGUAUACGUUGAUCUGUAUCUGAUACACUGGCCAGUGAGUUCAAAGCCAGGAAUAUGCGAAUACCCUAUCAAGAAAGAAGACUUUGUUGAGAUGGAGUACAAGUCUGUGUGGGCUGCAAUGGAAGAGUGUCAAAGACUUGGCCUCACUAAGGCCAUUGGAGUCUGCAAUUUCUCUUGCAAGAAGCUUGCUCAUCUCCUUGCCACUUCCACCAUUCCCCCUGCUGUCAACCAAGUGGAAGUAAACCCUGUUUGGCAACAAAAGAAGCUGAUAGAGUUCUGCAAGGCCAACGGAAUUCUUGUGGUUGCUUAUGCUGCCUUAGGAGCUGUGGGAACCUAUUAUGGCACCAACAGAGUUAUGGAGUCUGAGGUGCUUAAAGAAAUUGCAAAUGCCAGAGGAAAGACUGUUGCUCAGGUUUGUCUUAGAUGGGCAUAUGAGCAAGGGAUUGGUGUGCUGGUGAAGAGUUUCAACAAAGAGAGGAUGAAACAAAACCUAGAGAUAUUCAAUUGGUCAUUGAGCAAUGAAGAGUCUAAGAAGAUUGGUGAAAUCCCACAAAGUAGAGCAUGUCUUGGCAAGGAUUACACCUCAGCAAAUGGUCCUUUCAAGACAAUUGAGGAGCUUUGGGAUGGAGAACUGUGAAGGACUCUCUCUAUUCUCUCUAUUGUUUCUAUAUCAAUAUUUGGAUCAGUUUUAUGCAAUUUGUAGUUGAAUUAUGUUUGGAAAAAACACAACUUGUAUCUUUUGUUUCUUAGAAAACAUUCUCUUCUUGUAUAUUGUUUGCAAAUCCACAGAGAGUUGUGUCCUGUUCUGUGAUUA